AACCCAACCAAUAAGACCACAGCCUCGUCCACAAAAUGGGAAAGAGCAAACUUAAAACUGCUUUACUCAGGUACCAGAGCCGCGAUCCCAUUCGCGAAAAGCAAAAAAGAAUAUCCAGACGGCAGCCGAAAACCUUGCGCAAGCGGGGCGGUAAAGGUGAGCAGGAAGGGGGGGAGGAUUCAGAAGGAAAUGGGGCGCCGGAAAUGGUUGAUAUAAGUAAUUUGGCAAUGGAAGGGGUGUUGAAGUUUGCUAUAAACAACGCGGAAGAGAUUCCUGCUGAGUCUGAUUCCGAGGAGGAGGACGGAGUUGAAGACUCUGAUUUUUCCAAUGGCGGGGAGGAAGCGGAGGAGGAGGAAGCAGAAGAUUCCGACAUCCCCCUCUCUGACGUCUCCGUCUCAGACCUAGACUCAGACACGGACCACCUCCCCUACCAGAAACUAACCACAAACAAUGCCCUCGCCCUGACCGCCUCCCUAGCGCGCAUAUCACUCCCACAUACCCUCCCAUUCUCUGAAACUUUCCUCAUAUCCACCCCGGAACCCAUCGCCAUCCUAGACAUUCACGAUGAUCUAACUCGCGAGCUCACAUUCUACAAGCAAGCUCUUAGCGCGGCCAACGAGGGCCGUGCCAGGAUCCUGGCGGAGGGUGGUCAGUUCAGUCGGCCGGUGGACUACUUCGCUGAGAUGCUGAAGGAUGACGAGCACAUGGGAAAGAUACGGCAGAAACUGCUGGAUGAGGCAGCGGAGAAGCGCGCGGCACAGGAGGCGCGCAAGCAACGGGAUUUGAAAAGGUUUGGGAAGAAAGUGCAGGUGGCGAAGUUGCAGGAACGGGAGAGGGGGAAGAGGGAGAUGUUGGAGAGGGUUAAGAUUUUCAAGAGGAGAAGACAAGACGUGGAAACAGAAGCAACCACCGAAGCAGACAUGUUCAACGUCGCCCUCGAAGAAGUUAUCAACGGCCAUCGCGGCAGCACUAGAGACGGCAUCAACAACAAGCGCAAGAAGAAGGAUCAAAAGUACGGCUUUGGCGGUAAAAAGAGGUUUGUGAAGAGUACCGAUGCCAAAUCCUCCGGUGACCUUUCUGGUUUCUCGAAUAAGAAGAAUAAAGCUCAAUUCGCUGGCGUCAAGAAGAGGAAGCCGGCUAUGAGGCUGGGCAAGAGCAAGCGUACUAGCGGUAGUGGUAGGAGGUAG